GUGACGCAUUUGUUCCAUAAGGACUUUGCGGAAGCGGAUCUGUUGCCUCGAGAAAACGUGGCUGGUGUCGCUGAUUGUGUUACAAGUGGUGGAUAAGUAGCCAAGCGCGAUGUUUCUGCAGUUUUACUUGAACGAACAAGGGGAGCGAGUGUACACCAUGAAGAAAGUGGCUCCAGAUGGUCAGCCAACUUCCUCUGCUCACCCUGCCCGCUUUUCUCCUGAUGACAAGUAUUCCAGACACCGUAUUGCAUUAAAGAAAAGAUUUGGCCUCUUGAUGACCCAGCAGCCCAGACCUGUUUUGUGAGCCGUCUAUGUAGACUUACCAGUGAAGUGGAUUCCCCUUACAGUUUCAUCAAUGUACAAGACAUGACAUUUUACAGCCGACAUAGCUGGGACAUUCUUUGAUUUUUGAUAUGGAGAGAGCAAUUUUUAUGUUCCACCGUAAAGCCAUUUCAGUGACUGAAUCUACUAUUUUCAUCUAUUAAAUGCUAACUUUUUUUUACUA